UACAUAGUGGUGCAUGUAUACAUGCGCGCGCUUUGGCAUCAGGUGAUGUGUUCGCCAGAAGAAAACUGCGACAGCCCAAAAAAAAAAAAAAAAAAAAUCAACAGUGUUUUAUUUCAGUCGUUGAAUGUGACGGGCCUAUGGAAAAUCUUCUUCUUCCAUUGGUUAUUCCUGGAGUGAAAGCAUUUUUGCGUUUUAGUGGAGGUGUCAAUCGUUAUGCCACUGGUAUAUAGCUACGUACACUACACAAAGAGGAAUGUUCAUCGGGAAUGCUGACUGAACACGUAAGGUGAGUAACACACCUUGGAGGAUGGACCGUGAUAGAGGUGGACAUCGGGUCGGCUACCAAGGUGGCAGAGGAAGAGGAGGUCGAGGAGGCUACCGGGGAGGACGAGGAAGGGGUGGAGGAGGAGAUGACAGGGGAGGAUGGAGGAGGGACGGGGACGAACAUGGAGGACGUCGAGAUGGGAGAAGGGAAGAAAGAGGAGGAAGGAGAGACGGAAGGGGUGGCAGAGGAGGUGACCAUGGAGCAGGGGGACGGAGGAGGGAUAGAGAGGAAGAGGGAGGAGAUCGCCAUUGGAGAGGAGGAGACAGGGGAGCAAGGGGAGGAGGAAUAGGCAACCGUCCAAGAGGAGAAGAACAGGAACCUGACGAUGCUGGAGCUCAGGGAAAUGGGAAUCGGCGCGGCGAACCUCACCACAACCAAGCAAGGGGUCCUCGUGUGGUUCAUCCUUUAGGCUAUAAAACACUAGAACAGCUUCUGUCAAAAGACCCCGACGACGCAGUUCAAGAGUUAGGUUCUCUCAAGCAAGGUCUGGGCAAGCUUCUAGAAAUGACGGAUAUACGCUAUGACGUGAUCUCGCUAUUGUUUCAGGUCUAUCACCAUGUCUGCCAGGCGCAGGUGUCCAAUGAAACUAUCAACAUGCUGCUAGAUAUGCUUGGAAGGAACAACUUCAUCAACAGACAUCUCACCCGCCAUCUUAUUGGAAUGAGGACCGAGAAAAACCAGAGCAAACUAAGGGUCAUGCCUAGAUGCAUUCGUGAUAUCGCAAUUGUCCUAUCAGAGCUACAGCAACGCCUUCCAAGUUCCUUGACAGAUGUUGAAGUUGCUGUGACACUCCUUGAAGAUGCUGUCAGAUACGCAGAGAAGAGGAACAUACUUGUCGAUGAGACAAUUCAAGAAGAGGUACGCCAACUUGUGAAAUUUCAUGAGACAAUCCAACAGGAGAAGCUAAAGAAGACACGUACGGACAUCGAACCCACAACACCCCCUCCAGAUAAUUUCCGUGAGCUCAGUGUGUUUCCAACCUCUAAUGAACUUACAGAUAAUUCUCUUCGUCUUUACCUUCGAAAACACAUUAAGAAGGGAAAGUAUGAAAGUGUCGAACAUUAUCUUGACGUCCAAUUUCGUCUUCUUCGAGAAGACUUUGUCCGCCCACUUAGAGAAGGCAUUAGUGAGUAUAAAAUAGCAACAGCUCGACCAGGGAAACGUGACAAACGCUUCCAAGACAUUCGUCUAUACUAUGAUGUAACACUGGACGAACCACUGUACUCACAAAGUGGAGUUACGUUCAGGAUUCACUUCGAUGAGACUAAACUCAAAGGCGUUCGUUGGCAAUCUUCGAAGCGGCUGAUCUAUGGAUCGCUCGUCAUCUUGUCACCUGAUGAUUUCAAGACCCUCGUCUUCGGCACAGUUGCAAACCGAAAGCCUGAGGAUUUGGCUAAAGGCUUCAUUGAAAUCAAGCUCGAGAGGGACGAAGAAAUUGCAGAGAUCUUCACUGAAAAGACAUUCAUCAUGGCAGAAUCUUCAGCAUACUUCGAAGCUUACCGGCAUGUCCUGAGCCGCAUCAAAAAUGUCACUGAGCAGUCAAUGCCCCUAACUGAUUACAUCAUAUCAGCAUCAACAAAAACUAGUCCACCUGCCUACAUCCGGAACGAUCGCUCCAUUGAAUAUGACUUAUCAUCCAUCGUCUCUGAUAAAGUUCCAAACGCAAAGCACACAGCAAUGCGUAUGAAGACCGUGAGGAUUCUCGAUGGUCGUGAAUGGACAAGACUAGGGAACACUGGUCUUGACGAAUCCCAGCUUCGAGCCGUGCAAGCAGCACUUACUCAAGAGAUGACGGUCAUACAAGGCCCACCUGGUACUGGAAAAACUUACAUCGGGUUGAAGAUAGUUCACACUCUUCUCGAUAACAAGCGUAUUUGGAAAGAAGCUCAAGUUCUAGGACUGGCCGGACACGCAGGCCGUUCGAACAAACCAAUCCUACUCGUCUGCUAUACAAACCAUGCUUUAGAUCAGUUUCUGGAAGGAGUUGCAGAUUAUAACAGUGAAGGUAUCGUGAGAGUUGGUGGUCGAAGUUCUAGCGAGGCUCUGAAGCGGUUCAACCUCAAUUCACUCAGGAGCUCAAAGCUUCGAGAAGAGACACCUCGACACGUGAGACGUAGAAUCGGAGAGGUUCGUGGCGAAAUCGAAGGUCUCGGGAGAGAAGUCAAAGGCCUUCAGGACAAGAUUAACCAUACGAGAAAGGGACUACUUCAUGAAAGAGUACUCAUGAAGCACAUGACUGACGCACAAGAAAGAAGCCUCAACCAAGGGAAUGUCUAUGCAGUAGGUGGCCAGUCCCUUAUCGUCCAUUGGCUCCUUGGUGAUAUUCAGAUGAGACCUCCACCUGAGGAGCUUGAUGUUCCUGCAGAUAACGGACCACAAAAUGAAGACGAAAAUGACGAAGGAGAAGAAGAGCUUGAUAUCUUAGAGGAGGCGGAUCUCCUUGACGAGAUGAGACGCCUGGACGUUGACGACCAACGAAAUAGAGUAUUCACAGGCGAUGCGAAUGCCAACUUCGAUGAUGACACUUUGGCUUUCCGACUUAACGACCUUGACAACUUGGAAGCGGGAGGGUGGCAACAAGACCGACGGCAGCUCAGAAAUAGGAAGCACAACUUGGAGAGAAAGCUCAGGAGUAAUGAAAGAAUGUCUGACCGAGAGGCAAACACCGUUAGGAACGUUUGGGGCCUUGAAGAAGGAAACCGAUGGAGGUUAUACCGCUAUUGGGCUCAUUUACAUCGCCAUGAAUCUCUUCGUCAGCUCGUGGAUAUGCAACGGCAAUUCACAAAUGUUUGUCAGGAGCUUCGCGAGGCACGCAGUCAAGAAGAUUUUGAAAUCCUCAAAAAUGCCUCGGUCGUUGGAAUGACAACAACUGGAGCUGCAAAGUUCCAUAUGCUACUUCAGAGAAUCCAACCGAGGAUUAUGGUGGUCGAGGAAGCUGCAGAGGUCCUAGAAGCCCAUAUUGUGACUGCAUUGACUGAAUCAUGUCAGCAUCUGAUAUUGAUCGGAGAUCACCAACAACUUCGGCCAAGUCCUACGGUCUUCAAAUUAGCUACGCAGUAUAACUUGGACAUAUCUCUGUUUGAACGUAUGAUCAACAAUGAUGUACCUUAUCAGCGACUGGUUCUACAACAUAGAAUGAGGCCUGAAAUUUCUCGACUCAUGAGGAUGGAAAGAUUGUACCCAUAUCUUCAAGAUGACGUCUCUGUGAAGAAGUUCGACGAUAUCAACGGGGUUAUGAAGAACAUCUUCUUCCUUCAUCAUGAAAUGGAAGAAGAUUCUGUGGAUGAAAUGAAGAGUCACUCCAACAUUCACGAGGCAAAGUUCUUGGUAGGACUUUGCAGGUACUUCUUGCAGCAGGGCUACCUUCCAGAGCAGAUCACGAUCUUGACUACCUAUUCCGGUCAACUCUUUGCCUUAAGAGGUUGA